GAUUAAUUAUAUUUUGUGUAUAAGUAUUGUUUAAUAUUUUAUUUUCAAGCCUUAAAGGCAAUCAUAAUAUCUGAAGUAAUGGUGCAAUUAAUAUGUGGAAGAACCCAGUGAAACCAUAAUAAAAUGUUGAAACAAAUAUUUAAAAUUACUACAUCGAAGAGAAAGUGUCUCAAAUAAGUAAAUAACGGGUCGAUAGAAAUAAUGUCUGUCCCUGAUUUAUCUGUCGGAUGUCGUUUUGCUGAUUAUUUUGCAAUAUGUGGACUAGAUUUCGAUUCUGGAUUGGAACCCGAUCGUCUCUGCGGUGACAAUUUACACGUAUCUCCUCUCGAUCGGUCCUACAAAGGAAAGAUUCUAGCUCAUUACCCAGACAAUAUUCAGAGUAACCCAUUUGAUGAACAUGCAGUGUGUAUGCUUUGUCUACCAGCUGGAUUACAAUUCAGAACUCAAAAACACUCACUGGAACCAAAAUUUCACAGUUUUGUGGUAACAAGGGAGAAUGCAUCUAGAUAUUAUGGCUGUAGCCUUAUUUUUUAUGAAGAAGUUAGAAAUGGAAAGAUUUGUACCGCAAUGCAUACAUUGCAGGCAAUGUACAUUACUGAACUGUCUAGUGGACAGACACCUCCUGGGCACAGAAAAGGUUCUGGUAAAGAAAGCUCUAGGUCUUUACCUAGAUCAUUCAAACUUACACCACAUAGUGGUGCUGCACUCACUUAUUAUGACAUAGCCAAAGACAAACUCUAUGUAGCCAAAAGUAUAGCUCUUAUAUGCCAAUAUCCCUAUGUCAGAGUUGCACAAAUGUUCCUAGAGAAUCUAUUUAGGUCACUACCAAGACAGCCAGGACCAGGACUAAGUCCUGAGUCAUAUGUAUAUAAUCUGCUUUAUGAAGUCCCAGUACCACUGCCUGGGCAAGCACUACGCCUUUAUGUGCCGCCUUCUGAGCCUCACCUUGACCCUGUUCCUGUUAUUAUAAGAAUGCCAAACCCACCCGAAGAGUUACCACUACUUGACUAUCCACUACGUAUAAUGUUUUCUUUGCUUGGUGUUGAGUGCGUCGUUCAACUUUUUACAUGUGUGCUACUAGAACAUCAAGUGUUACUCAGAUCUAGUGAUUAUAAUAAACUGAUGCUAGUCGCAGAAUGCAUAGUAUCUUUACUAGUACCUUUUACGUGGGCUCACGUAUAUGUACCCAUACUACCAGCACCGCUGUAUCAUUUCCUGGACGCGCCAGUCCCUUUCGUCAUGGGGCUACAUGCGGACAGUGCCGCCGUGAGUGUUGGACAUAAUGGCCCGCGGAGUAUUGCUCUCGGUUCAGAAGCAGCUUUAUGUUUAGUUGAUAUUGAUAAACCUGACAUACAACUACCUGAGGAACUUCCAAUUUUCCCACACCGAACUCCUUUUAUUGAGGAAUUAAAUCAUAUUUUAGAUAAACAUCAGAUUCAACGGCCAGAGACAGAACCAACCAAACUUGGUGUACCAUUAAACGGAACUUCUUACAAACACAUGAAUGAUAGCAUGAGUAGCAGUUGUACUUUACCUUCAGGUGCUUUGCGCCGCAAGCACUCAUUCCACGACGUACUAGAGUGGGACGAGAAUCGGCCGUUAAAUGCGUCUCCGCCUGCCUCGCCCACCCGACGAGCGCCGCUUCGUCUGGAGUCACUUCAACGUAUGGUGGACAUCGUUAAACGCACAGGUGUUAACAUAGAUGAUUUGGAAGCUGAUACAGUAAUGCCGACUUUAAAGAAGAAAAUACUUAAUGAUGAAGAACAGUACAAUGAAGAUAUUCGCUUUAACGUAGCUGUUAGGGAGACUUUCCUUAACAGAUUUGUGCAUAUGUUCCUUAUGUAUGAGAACUUUGUCAUCAUGCCCAAUCAGGAUCGGGAUUCUUGGCUUUCAGCUCGCGAAUCAAUGAUAAAUUUUGAUAAGGCUUCUUUCUUAUCCGAUCAACCUCAGAGACAUAGGUCUUUUCUCUCACGAUUUCUCGAAACUCAAAUGUUCGCUACACUUAUAGACAACAAAAUCAUGGGUAAUUGGGGAGAGUAUGAUGCAAAUCUACAAGUCUUCGAACAUCGAAUUAAGUCUGUCAGACGGCGACUGGGGGAGGGUGGACUGGCGACGCGCGGCUACAGCGUGUGGGCCGGGAACGGCGCAGGUGCGGGCGGGGUGGCGGGGGGUGCGGGGGCCGAGCUGGAGGUGGGAGCGCCGGGGGAGAGACUGCCGCACCGCGCGGCCUACUACCGCGCGUUCCCGGCGCGGCUGGACGCGACAGCACUCGCGCCGCCGCCCGUCUCCGACCGCAGAACUAAUAGCUUGAAGCGUAUAAAGAAUGCAAAAUGGCAAGUGAAGGAUUGUCCACCCGAAUUACUAUUAGGAGAUAUUAGUAGGAGAUUGUCCACGGAAGCCACACCAAAUGUCAUUGUUCAGAAUCAUAAGACAUUUAUAGAAAAACUGCUCAAGGAGUGUAAAAGCAAAACAAAACGCAUGCUUCUGGAAAAAAUGGGUACAGAAGAGAGUGACCUAGGUUUUGGUUGUGAGGUGUCUGUAACUGGAGUUGAAGAGAGUACAAUGAUCGCAUCGUUAUGCGACCUGCUUGAGAGAUUGUGGUCCCAUGGGUUGCAACACAAAAAGGGAAAGUCCGCUUUAUGGAUGCAUCUCACAAAUUACCAAGAAUUAGAACAAUGUAGCAAUUCCACAAAACCAAUCGAUCCUAAUUAUCUUACGCCAGCUUUGGCCUGGUGUGUGUUACGCAAGCGUCUCGACUAUCUGUCUUCGGUGGGUGCUGAAGUGGAGGCUCAACAAAGCACUAGUAGUGGUAACAGGUCUCGCGACAGUUCUCGUGGCGGCUCCAGAGAUAGUUCUCGUGAUCGUCUAAGCAAUUCUGGAACGUUAGAACGGAAAUCUUCUUUACCACCAAACCCACUGCGGCCGCUACCAGAGAGUCUAACUUUUGAUAUGAGAAACGUUCAAGCUAUGACCGACAUAAAGACUGAAAUUGGUUACGCUCGUGCUUGGGUGCGGUUAUCACUUGAGAAGAAAUUAUUAUCAAAACACCUUCGCGAGCUCUUAGCUGAUACCACUUUACUGCGAUCUCAAUACAAGCGAACGGCUUUCUUGCGAUGCGAGGAAGAGCGAGAACAAUUCCUGUAUCAUCUGUUAACUUUGAAUGCUGUUGAUUAUAAUUGUUUUACUAAUACAUAUCCUACUACAAAAUUGCCAUAUCGUGUUUUGAUCGUUCCAUCUCGGAAGGCAAGCCAAACUACUGCCAACUGCUGGAUAGCUAUAUCAGGUGCAAACAGAGAAUCUACACCCAAAAUACCAAUACCACGAAACACCAAUGAAUUUGUUUUCCAUCACAAGAAUUUGGGACUACUAUCUACGUUACGUAUAGGACACGAUAAUUCUGGUCUCUCACCUAAGUGGUUGCUUGACCAAGUAUUUGUGCGGAAUGAAGUCACAGGACACACUUACACGUUCCCGUGCAACCGUUGGCUGGGCACGGGCGUGGACGACGGCUCGACGGAGCGCCUGCUGCUGGCGGCGCGGCUGCGCUCGGAGCGGUCCCCCCGCGGCCCGCGGCCCGCGCCCCCCGCGCCCCCGCCGGCCCCCCACACGCCCACCACGCACCUCUCCACCUCCACCAUACAGCACAUGAUCGGUGACUGUGUAAAUGCUAUAGUGAAGUGGCAUUAUCAGUCUAAAAGAGAAAAAGAUGCAAACUCCCUCAGUGUACUCUUAUGCGGUGAGAAUGGAUUGGUUAAAUGCUUAGAACAAGCAUUCCUUUGCGGAUUUAAGUCAGCACGUCUGUUUGGAAAGAAUCUAUUCAUUUGGGAUUACUUUGCACGUGUGAAAGACGAGUUCAAAAUGAGCUUGUGUGAUGAGCCGAGCCCCCAAGGGAACAAGGGCUGCAGCGUGGCGUAUAACUGUAGACAAGACCAGGAGCACAGAUCUAUUUGGCGGUGCUACUGCCAUCUUAUGGACGAAAUCAGCACCGCUGGCCGUACUCUAGGCAAAGACGGCAAAUUUCAACUUUUUAUAUGCCUUAGUUUACGAGAACAUUGGCUUCAUCGAAUGCUGCUGCCAAUGUCCAUGACUCGCGUAACAAUUGAGAUGUACGAAGAACAAAGUUUCCUACGUAAGCGUGGUCUCCUGACAUUCCUCAGACAAAUACUCGAACCACUAGAUGAGUUUGAUAUUGUCUUAGAAAACUCUCUCACCCAAGGCAUUUAAAUCUAGACGUACAGUCGUUCGUAUUUUGUUAACGUCUGUUUAUCGAAUUUCAAUAUCGAAAUUAAUUUGCAUUUCCUAUUUUUUACUUAUAUUGAUAUGUACUGGAUAUAUAAACUAUUAUAUAGAGUGCAUUGUAAAGUUUCAACAGGCGUUAAUUAUAACGAAUGUGACAGUACUUAUAUCUUUAGUGUAUACAAUAAUACAUA